GGUCAAAAUGUCGCCUAGUGCCAUGCACGAUUGGAACGCAAAUGUAAAAAUACUAUCAUAUUAUCAGACGUAUAAUUCGAUAUUAUUGCUUUGACACUCUUCAGUCUAGAUCCGAUAAGUGCGGGGGCCUAUAAUAAUCAUGGAUCCGCAAAUUAAACAAAAGAUCCAGCAAUUUGAGACCUUCGUAAACAACGUGCUGAAAGCUGAUCUUGCAAAACUAGCGGAGAAACUUGACGCUAGAAAUACCGACGUCGCCGAGUUUCUGCAACUAAAAUUGAUGAUAACGACGUUUCAAAAUACAAACGUCGAGAAAACCGGCUUCAAGACCAAAGUUGACAUUGGAAAUAACUUCUUUAUUCAAGCACAUGUACCAGAUGCUUCUCAGAUCUUACUGGACGUUGGUUUAGGACACUACGUUGAAUUCACCUUGGACGAAGCCUUAGUCGUUAUAAAUGUACGGAUCAAGCUACUCGAGCAACAAAUUGCGAAUUUACGUAAAGCGAUUGCAAGGACCAACGCACAUAUUAAGAUACUCCUUAUUGCCAUUAGCGAUUUGCAAGGAUUGAGCGAAAAAGUUUGAUAAAAGCUGCUGUGACAAAAAAACGACUUAAUAUAACAAUAUUAAAAUGUAAGUUAAGUUUAUUUCUAACAGACAAGAGAAUUGUCCCGCACUAGGUGCAUAUGUGGUAAUUAUACGUAACUUAUUUUUAUAAAUUUAUAAAUAAACCCGUAGAAAAAAAAUAG